AGGAAUAGACCUGCGUACUCUUUCUCCGUAACUUGACCACCUUGAGCGACGACAAGAGCUAUCCAGACUAGGCAGCAAUGGUCGAUUCUGGCCAGAUUAUUUUGGAGAACGUGUCUAGAAAAUCUUCGGUCACAGAAGACAGAGGCUGGGAAGAUGUCCUUUUAAUUCCGGCCUACAUAACGGCAAUCUCAUGCGUGAUGCUCGUCGGGCAAGCCAUCUACUAUACCUUUGCCCAUUCGAAGGAACGAGCACUGUCAUCUGUCGACGCUGAUGACCAGGGUGUAGACAUUACCAACUCUAGCCAUUUGUCGCAUCUGAGAGCGCAUAUAGACGAACUUGGAGGUCUUCGGCUUUUCUUUUUCAGGUUUAUACGCUUGCUCGCGUGUCUUGCACUAGUUGUACUCUCCGUAGCUACAAACCUACAGCAACUCACUAUGACCUACACAUAUGCGUCAUGUCUGUCCUUGUUCUCGCUUUCUGCCAAAUCACCAUGGGAUGGAACUGCUAGUAAUCACCUCAAUGUUGUGCUACUGGCUUCAUUCGCCCUCUUCGCCUACCGUGACCUUUGGCCACUUGCGACCUACACACUGACACCUGCCGAUGGAGCGGAAGGAUGGUUACUUUGGAUGGAGAUCGCUGUACUGUCUUUCGCAGCAGUCCUCAUUCCCUUGAUCUCACCUAGGCAAUACGUACCCGUUGAUCCUGAGGACGGUAACGAACCAAACCCGGAACAAACUGCGUCUUGGCUCUCACGGCUCUUCUACAUUUACUGUGAUCCAGUGGUUCUGAAAGCAUUUCGAGUGCCCCAUAUGAAAAUCGACGACUUACCGCUUUUGAGCGACUUCAAUCGGACGAAGUAUCUAGUCAAAGAAAGCUUCCAACAUCUCGAUCCACUUCUUUCUCCCAGUAAAAGGCACAUCGGCUUGAAAUUGAUAUUCAAGAUCUUUCCUGUCGAAUAUGUGAGAAUGGCCCUUGCAAUGAUCGCCUUUAGUGGAUCGACCAUGGCAGGUCCAAUUGCCAUCAACCGACUUUUGGUCUAUCUUGAAACUGAAGGCACAGAUGCAUUCAUCCGACCCUGGCUCUGGGUGUUAUGGAUCCUCUUUGGUGAUACAUUGACUUCUAUCACAAUCAAUUACUACAAUUAUCAGGCUUCAGUGGUUGUUGUUCAAUGUCAAGGCAUUUUGACACAGCUUGUCUUUGAUCAUGCACUUCAUAUCCGUGUCAAAGCUGAAGUCUCCAAACUUUCCUCUGCUGCUACUAGUGAUAUGGCUGCUGUUCUCACUUCCAAUACUGCAUCAGCAGCUGAGGGUGAUGGUCCACCUAUAUCUUUACAGUCUUCUACUGCUACUGCAUCUCAUGCUGCAUCAAGUUUCACCAAAGGCAAGAAUACAGGAUCUGAGGCUGACAAGGCAAAGGAACCCAUAGGAGUUGAGAAGCAUAAUCUUACUGGAAGACUGAACAAUCUUGUAACAAGUGACAUGGACAGUCUUCUGAGUGGUCAACAGUUUAUGUGGAUAUUAUUUUUCUUGCCAAUACAGCUUGUAUUUAAUAUCUGGUUCUUGUAUACAUUGUUGGGAUGGGGUGUGCUCCCAGGUUUGGGUGCAAUGAUCUUGAUGUCACCUUUGCCUGGACUCAUUGCCAAGCUAAUCAAUAAUACUCAAGAACAAAAGAUGAAAAAGAGUGAUGCAAGGGUACAGAGUGUCACUGAAACCUUGAACAUAAUCAGAAUGGUAAAACUUUUUGGUUGGGAGAUAAACAUGGGCAAGCAGAUUGCUCAGAAGCGAGAUGAAGAGCUGGUAUUUGUCAGAAAGCUCAAAUUUCUCCAGUUGAAUGAUUUUAUCAAUGCUGUCCUUCCAAUUGUGAUGAUCCUCACAUCUUACAGCAUCUAUACCCUGGUUAUGAAUCAACCUCUUAGAGCAUCUCAAAUCUUUGCAUCUAUCAUGUUAUUCCAAUUUCUUGAAGGAAACUUGCACAUGGCAUUCACAUUUAUGCCAGGAAUCAUUGAAGGCAAAGUAGCCUUGGACCGUAUGAAUGAGUUCAUUCAACAGACAGAGCUUCUGGAUAAGUAUACCUCACGCAAGUCAAGUGACAUCCAGGCUAUAGUGCUGACUUCCCAAGAUGAGUUUUCCUCAAUCGGUAUUGGCCAAUCCUCAUUCACUUGGACGAGCGAAGAAUAUGCGGGCGAUAUUACUCCAUCAUCAAUGCAGCCCAGAUUUAUGCUCCAUAUUGAUGAUGAGGUGUUGUUCAAAGCAGGAUGCAUCAAUCUGAUCAUCGGACAAACGGGCUCUGGGAAGACGUCACUUUUGAUGGCUUUACUAGGGGAGAUGCACCGUAUUCCCACUGGGCCACACUCUUUUAUCAACCUUCCAAGGCAAGGCGGUGUUGCGUAUCAUGCGCAAGAGUCGUGGGUUUUAAACGAGACAAUCCGGGAUAAUAUAUUGUUCGGUGCUCCAUAUGACGAGCAUCGUUACAAUACGGUGCUCGAACAAUGUGCCCUCAAGCAUGACAUAGAGCUCUUCGAAGCGGGCGAUCAGACUGAGGUUGGAGAAAAAGGCCUAACCCUAAGUGGCGGACAAAAGGCUCGCGUCACCCUCGCUCGGGCAGUGUAUUCUUCGGCGGAAAUUCUCCUCCUCGAUGACGUUCUUGCUGCACUAGAUGUACACACUGCUCGGUGGAUCGUCGACAAAUGUUUACAAGGAGAUUUGGUACGAGGACGCACUGUCAUUCUCGUGACACACAACGUCGCAAUGAUGGCACCUGUGGUAGAUUUUGUUGUGUCCCUGGGCCUCAACGGUCAGAUUCUAAGCCAAGGAACUCUGUCCAACGCUUUAGCAAAAGAUGAAACACUGUUAGCUGAAGUAGACAGAGAAGCCAAGGCAAUUGAGAAGGCCGAACACGAUGUUAUAGAAGCUCCGGACAUAGAUCCGACAACUAAAUCCGGGAAAUUGAUAGUCGAGGAAGAGGUUUCUGAAGGUCACCUUGGCUGGUGCGCUCUCAAACUUCUAGUUGUGAAUAUGGCAGGAAAAGGCGGCACGUUCGUGUUCUGGAUUUCCUUUAUCGGGCUCUGCGUGGCCACGAGAGCUAGUGAUAAUAUGGAAAUAUGGGUGCUUACUCUGUGGGCCAGUCGUUAUGAGAACUCAGAUCCUUCUGACGUGCCAGUCAUCCCGUACCUGACACUCUAUACUGGUGUCUACUUCUUUACAAUUCUGCUAAUGGCCAUGGCCUCCAUUGUAUGGUUCUUUGGGUCCCUACGAGCAUCGCGCAGGAUCCAUGAACUUCUGGUCAAAUCUGUUCUUGGCAGCAGCUUGAGGUGGUUAGAUCGAACACCAGUUUCUCGAAUCAUCACUCGAUGCACUCAAGACAUCCAGCAGAUUGACUCAGGAUUACCUAGCGCGAUAAAUGUGUUGAUAGACUAUACUGUGUCGAUCGUUCUCAAGUUCACAGCCGUUCUCCUCAUUUCACCUAUCUUCAUCAUACCCGGCCUGAUUCUAAUUAUUGCUGGCGUGUCUAUUGGCAAUGUCUAUAUGAAGGCGCAGUUGCCGAUUAAGCGCGAAAUCAGCAAUGCGAAGGCUCCUGUCCUUGGGCACUUCGGAUCGGCGGUCUCAGGGCUUGUUUCUAUCCGUGCCUACGGCGCUCAAGAUGCAUUCAGACAAGAAUCCUAUCGUCGUAUUGACCAAUACACACGAGCGCGGAGACCGUUCUCGGACUUGACCAGAUGGAUCAACGUCCGCAUGAAUCUACUUGCUUCGCUAUUUGCAUCUAGUUUGGCCGCGUAUCUGACGUAUGGCACAAGUAUUACACCUUCAAAGACCGGCUUCUCCCUGAAUAUGGCUGUCGGAUUCAGUAGCAUGAUCUUAUGGUGGGUUCGCUCUUUAAACGUGGUUGAAACUAAAGGCAAUAGUUUGGAGCGAAUUCAGCAAUACCUUGAGAUAGAGCACGAACCCGAGUCAACCGAGGAAGGGGUUCCUCCGGCAUAUUGGCCAGCCAGCGGAGAUCUGCGAGUCGAGAACCUGUCUGCUCGCUAUUCACCUGAUGGACCCAAGGUCUUGCAUGAGAUAUCUUUCCACAUUAUACCCGGAGAACGCGUUGGCAUCGUGGGGCGCACUGGAAGUGGAAAGAGCUCCUUGACUCUGGCACUGCUGCGAGCCAUCAUUACCGAAGGGAAGAUGUACUACGACGGUAUUGCAACCGAUACACUGAACCUCGAUGCGUUGCGUUCCAAUAUCACGAUCAUACCACAAGUGCCUGAGCUGCUCAGCGGAACGCUACGCGAGAAUCUGGAUCCCUUUUCUCAACAUGAUGACGCGGUAUUGAACUCUGCGCUGCGCUCGGCUGGCCUGUUUUCCCUUCAGAAUGAAAAUACCGAGAGUCGUCUCGCUUUGGAUAGUCAGAUUUCUGGGGGCGGAAGUAAUCUUUCAGUUGGUCAGAGGCAGAUACUAGCACUCGCGCGGGCCCUCGUGCGGCAAAGUAAAAUUCUCAUCCUGGACGAAGCUACCUCUGCUAUUGACUACGAGACCGAUGCUGUCAUUCAGAAGUCGCUCAGGAGCGAACUCGGAAAGGAUGUGACGCUCCUUACCGUUGCUCAUCGUCUUCAAACCAUCAUGGAUUCCGACAAGAUUAUGGUGCUAGAUGCUGGACGACUCGUCGAAUUCGAUAAGCCCACCGAGCUUCUCAAGAACAAGAAGAGCUAUUUCCGCGCCUUGGUCGAAGAAAGCGGCGACAAGGAAGCUCUUCUGGCCAUGAUCAAUUGAAGUUCCACGGCUCAUAGAUGUCCUCCACCUGUCCCUCGCCUUUAAAUGUGUUGGUUUUCACUUUUAGUACUUGCAUGGACCUUCGUAGUGUGCUGCAUGCCAAUGUGAACGGCUGUAUAGACAAGAAUGUCGUGUCGGGUAUGAUACAAUUAUGAUGCGACCGAUCGAUAUAUAGCUACAAGUGAGAAGUC